AUGAUUAUUAAAAAAGAAUUGAAGGAAUUAAAUAUAUUUGAAAAAACACAUUCGAUUACAACUGAUGAAGCUGCUAAUAUGCUCAAAGUAGCUGAUAAGCUUGGUGGUGAUAUAAAACAAAUUUAUUGUGUGGCACAUCAUCUUCAUUUAGUGGUAUGCAAUGGUCUUGGACUUCGGGUUCAUGCAAAACAAGAUUCAUCUUUACCAAUUCUUGCUACAACAUCAACAAUUAAUAAAGAUGAAGUUGAUUCAGAUGAAGAAGAUUUCUCGGAUGAUAUUCAACUUGUUUCACAACCAUCACCAAUAAAUAAUUCAUCGAAUUUUAUUGUAUCAUCAGAACAAUCAUUACUUAUGGCAAAUCAAUAUUUGAACAUGAACAAUGAUGAUGUUAUUGUGAGUGAAAUAGCAACUAAUGAAGAACCAAACAAUUUAUCAGUCGAUAUUGUGGACAAUUGGUCAAUGGAUGUUAUUGAAUAUCUUAAUCCAUCUACAAGUGAUUCAAUACAACAACAUAUAGGCGAUGUGAUGAAAAAAUGUAGAUCGAUCGUGAAGCUGAUAAAUAAAUCUUCAAUUUUAAUGAAUUAUGUACUUAAUCUUAAAAAAUAA